AGCCUCUCUCCCGCCAUUCCUUAAAAUACCGAGAGAAGAAAAAAAAAAACAGUACCAAAACCAAGCUCGAAAAAUGGCAACUAUUUUGUCACUAAACCCACUUGCUAUUCGACGAUUCUCUUCAAAUUCACAGUGUUACUUGCAUAGAACAAUGAGAAUUGGGCAAGCAGGGAUUCACUUUAAGAAAAAUUAUCCAGUUUCUUUCGUGGGUUUUCUGCAAUUCAACAAGAGGAGAAAUUUCAUAUGUGCAGUCAGUAAAGAUGCUGAGGAAUCUUUCAAAAAGACUGUGGAGGUUGAUAGGCUUAUAGAUACACUGAGGGAGGCAAGUGAUAAGGAACUGCCACAGAUAGUUGUGGAGAAUGUUCUCGCUUUCAACGAGAGCUUUUGGAUAAGACUUGCAGCUAGAGCAGACACCUGCAAAUCCGACGAUGACAAAAAAGACUAUGAAGAGCUGGCAUUGACAGUAAUGAACAUCGUAGAUCGUCUUGUUCACAAAACAAAUGAAAAGAUAGAGGCAUCUACUGACGUGCUCAAAGCAAUCUUAAAACCGGUAAUUGAUGAAGUGGAAGAAAUUUCUUGGCCUCUUAGGGAUCCUGAGGCUCUCAGUCUUAUGGAGAAAGAAAUAAAUCAAAGGGAGCAAGAAGGCCAACUUGAUGAAGGGUUCCUCGCAGAAGUCAAUGCACAGCUGCGGCAAGCUACAAAAGAUGGGGACAAGCCAGGACUUGAAGCUAUGUUACAAAAGGUUCUGCAAUUGUAUGCUUCCAGAGUGCUGUCAAAGCGAAGUUAUGCAAAAAAAGGAAAUGAAGUGUUAAAAGCUGAACAGUUUCUUGAGACCAUUAUCAAAGCACCAGAGGAAGUAUGGAACAAGCUCUUGCUAGAUGGCAUGACUCUUGGAAAAGGUGAUAUUUCCCCUGAGGAAUUGUAUGCUGUUAUUAAGAAGAGAAUGGAACGGACUUUGAUACGUACGGAGGGCGGCUCGUAUCAGCAGCGAGUUCUGAUUGAGUAUCUGAAAGGUAUUGAGUCAAGAGCAGGGGAGAUUGUCAGAGUACUCCAAGGUUGAGACAUUCUAGUAAACUAGUCGUUGCACCUGGAGGUACCAUAAGUCCACAUUCUUUAUAGGAAAAACAUGAUGAUAAAUUAUCAUUUUUUUACCAUGCAUUACUGAGCAGCAAUCUGAGAUCUACUAUGGACACCCUUGAGGUAUGAGGUUCCUAUCAUGUUUAACAUCUUCCAUUUUUGUCCCAUCGUUUGUAUCAUUCGUUUUCUCCUCUCGUGUCUUGCCUUUAUCCAAUUUCUCUUCUCCUGACUCGUAAUAGGUCACUUGUACAUUCUACCUGUAAAUUCGAAAUCGCGAGUUUUUCAGAGUGCAAUACCACAAUGUAGCCGUGCAGUUUUUGAAUUUUGUAAUUGGAUUUGCAUAGCCUGCAUUAAUCCAUUGUAAACUGGUGGAACUGUACUGUGUCCUUCGUUAAUGAAAUCUAUCAAUUGGCUUUUCUUUCAUAGUUAA